AUUCUGAAAGCUAACAACAGAGACGCCCAUACACCACGAUCGGCGUCUCGACACCACACAAGAAAUCGAGCGUACUUCCCCGUCGCAAUCAUGGCAGACUCGAACAGCGCAUCGGAGGACAUUGUCGAGAAGUACGAUGUCCUCCCCAAGAUGAUCCAAUAUCUCGACAGACACCUCAUCUUCCCACUGCUUGAGGACCGAGAAGACACAACGGAGAACAAAAAGCUCAAGGCCGCGCUUCUCAAAGGUACAAAUAUGUUCGAUUAUUUGGGCAAGUUGGACGCGGAGAUCAAGGGUCUGUCACAACCAGCGAAGGAGUACGCACAAAAGCGGGAUGAGGCGAUCGCGAAACGCGAUCAGCUUGCACAGCAGACAGAGAAGCUGAGAGGACUGCUAGAGGAUGAGGCAGUCGUAUCAAACUUCAGGAGUGACAAGGUGGCCAACUUGAAGUAUUUGGAGACGGAGCAUGGCGUCACCAGCGAUAUGGUGAACGCUUUGUACGAUUUUGGCAACUUCCAGUACAGCUGUGGCGAGUACGUGCAGGCUGCCGAUUUACUCUAUCAGUUCAGAGUCCUGUCAACGGAUAAUGAUAAGGUCGCGUCGGCUACAUGGGGCAAACUUGCCUCCGAUAUCCUCUCGACAGAGUGGGAGACUGCUAUGGAGGAGAUCACGAAGGUCAAGGAACUCAUCGACACACGGCUCUUCAACAACCCACUUGCACAGCUGCAGCAUAGGACAUGGCUUCUCCACUGGGCUCUCUUCCCCUUUUUCAACUACGAAGGAGCCCGCGACACCCUUACAGAUCUCUUUUUUUCCCCAGCCUAUAUCAACACGAUACAGACUCUCUGCCCGUGGCUCCUAAGAUACCUCACUGCUGCUGUAGUUACUGGACGAUCGCGUACCAAAAACUCGAAUACGUACCAGAAGCAGUUGAAGGACCUAACGAAGAUCGUUAACCAGGAGGGCUACGAAUAUUCGGACCCCCUAACACAAUUCAUCAAGGCCUUAAACAUUGACUUCGAUUUCGAGGAGGCACAGAAGAAGCUGGGAGAGGCGGAGCAGAUUCUCGCAGAGGAUUUUUUCCUGCGUAACUUGACCGACACCUUCGUUGACUCAGCACGCCAUCUCAUCUCGGAAAGCUACUGCAAAAUCCAUCAACGCAUCGACAUCAAGGAUCUCUCGACCCGCCUUAACCUCUCGCAAGCUGAAGGUGAAAAGUGGAUCGUAAACCUCAUCCGUGACACACGCGUGGAUGCGAAAAUCGACUACCAGCAGGGCACGGUUGUGAUGAAUCAUCCACCACAGUCUGUCUAUCAGCAGGUUAUCGAGAAGACGAAGGGCGGCUUCUUCAGGACGACUGUCAUGUAUGCUGCUGUAGGCAAAUCGUAAAGCCGUCAUUACUUUUCUGUCGAGCAGCUUCUCAAGAUCCUGCGUCCUAUCUGCAGCAAGCCUGGAUCGAUUCGUUGGACGAUGUUGUUUCCGGCGAUCAGCUGCAGACCUAGAGAUUGGUUGUUUGAAUCACAAGUGUGUGCUAGGUUCAAAUCUAGCGGUGCCGUUUUCGCGUUGUGAGCACUGCAAUCUUCGGAAAUGCUUGAGCCCGAUCGGAUCUUCAUUUCAAACACUGAGAAUGAAGUGUACGAUGUGGCUAGAUGAAAACCAGUAGGUGAUGAACCUGGUUGGGCCUUCCCAUGUACUUCUGCACGUAGACGCGUGUUUUGCGUCAGGUCACACUCUGAAAGUGGGGCUUUUAUUUCGUUUGUUCGGGAUGAAUAUAGCAUGAGCAUGUAUGGCAUCACCAUGAGGGCGUCAUUUUUCUAAGGCUUAAACAAGUAGGAGUGUGGUGACUGGAGUAAGCCGGCUUCGCGUCAUAUACCGUAGGCAGUUCAAAAAACUUAGACAACAUCGCGUGAAUUGUCUGAGCAAUGAAGACUAAAGGAUUGAAAUGAAUAGAGACAGUGUCACCU